GACUCCGUUACCCAGCUUCCUUUGUGGAAUAGCCGUUGCGCAUUUCCGGUGGAAGCGCUGAGGCGAGGGGGUGGAGUUUGCAGAGCCGGUGGGCGGUAGGCGGUGUUACCGGUAGCUGGGUGCAGUCCAAAGGCGCCUGGGCGUCGUUACGGGAGCAAGCUGUGACCGGUUGGGCCUCAUUUAGCGUGGGACGAAGCUUCAGCUGCUGUUUGACUUCGUGCGGACUCCCCUUGAUGUCGGCCCUCGAAAAGAGUAUGCACCUCGGCCGCCUGCCUUCUCGCCCUCCUUUACCUGGCAGCGGGGGCAGUCAGAGCGGAGCCAAGAUGCGAAUGGGCCCUGGAAGAAAGCGGGACUUUUCUCCUGUUCCUUGGAGUCAGUACUUUGAGUCCAUGGAAGAUGUAGAAGUAGAGAAUGAAACUGGCAAGGAUACUUUUCGAGUUUACAAGAGUGGUUCAGAGGGUCCAGUCCUGCUUCUUCUGCAUGGAGGAGGCCAUUCUGCUCUUUCCUGGGCUGUGUUCACAGCAGCAAUCAUUAGUAGAGUUCAGUGUAGGAUUGUGGCUUUGGAUCUGCGAAGUCAUGGUGAAACAAAGGUCAAGAAUUCUGAAGACCUGUCUGCAGAAACAAUGGCAAAAGAUGUCGGCAAUGUGGUUGAAGCCAUGUAUGGGGAUCUCCCUCCUCCAAUUAUGCUGAUUGGACAUAGCAUGGGCGGUGCUAUUGCAGUUCACACAGCAUCGUCUAACCUGGUGCCAAGCCUCCUGGGUCUGUGCAUGAUUGAUGUUGUGGAAGGUACAGCCAUGGAUGCACUUAAUAGCAUGCAGAAUUUCUUACGUGGUCGUCCUAAAACUUUCAAGUCUCUGGAGAAUGCUAUUGAAUGGAGCGUGAAAAGUGGCCAGAUUCGAAACCUGGAGUCUGCCCGUGUCUCAAUGGUUGGCCAAGUCAAACAGUGUGAAGGAAUUACAAGUCCAGAAGGCUCAAAAUCUAUAGUGGAAGGAAUCAUAGAGGAAGAAGAAGAAGAUGAAGAAGGAAGUGAGUCAGCAAAUAAGAGGAAAAAGGAAGAUGACAUGGAGACCAAGAAAGACCAUCCAUAUACCUGGAGAAUUGAACUGGCAAAAACGGAAAAAUACUGGGAUGGCUGGUUCCGAGGCUUAUCCAAUCUCUUUCUUAGUUGUCCUAUUCCUAAAUUGCUGCUCUUGGCCGGUGUUGAUAGGUUGGAUAAAGAUCUGACCAUUGGCCAGAUGCAAGGGAAGUUCCAGAUGCAGGUUCUCCCCCAGUGUGGCCAUGCAGUCCAUGAGGAUGCCCCCGACAAGGUAGCCGAAGCUGUUGCUACUUUCCUGAUCCGGCACAGGUUUGCAGAGCCCAUUGGUGGAUUCCAGUGUGUGUUUCCUGGCUGUUAGCGACCUGCUUAUCUGCUCCUCCCCAACAUUGAGCUCUGUUGUAAAUACAUCGCACCAGAGGCCACUGUGAUGCCGCUGUCUCCUCACCAUCCCGCCCGGCCAUGUGACACCGGCUCCCUGUAGACGGGCAUCCCCAGAUGUACAAACCCUUUUGUGUAUUCCUGCCAAAAGCACUGUUUUCCAGGGCCCUUGACCAACAUCGGCCUCCCUACUCCAGGGCUCCCCAACUCCUACCCCUUCCCUGUGCAGGAGCAGCCCCUGCCUGUUCUCCCUGCCUUGCCUAAGGUGAAGCCUCCAUCGGAGCUGCCCCCCCUGGGCCCCUGUUCCUGGUAUUAGGCAAUGCAUCUGGGUCCAAAUAUCUCCCUAGGCUCAGGGACCUCCGUUCCUUGAGAUUGUUCUUGGUGUGGUCCUGCCAUACCUUAUGGGAUGGACAAUGCACAGGGUGGUCCUUAUUUUUCCCUUUCAAAUAAAACACCAAUCAGGUACCUUUUUAUCCCAGUCUUACUCUUCCAAGUUUGGAAGACCCAGAGAAGCUAGGAUCCCAUUCUUAGGUACAGGGAGGGGUGGUGGAUAGCAUCACAAGAAACCAGGCUGAAAAUCAGGUCCAGCCAGUCCAAGCACAUGGCCUCCCAUCUGGGAAAGCCCACUGUCCCACUCCCACAUGUCUGGGCACCUGCCCUGGGCUGAGGCCAGGCUGCUCUAGGGGCCUCUUGAGCCCUCACCUGCUAUUGAGCAACCCAGGUUAAAUACAGCCCAUGCACAAAAUCACAGGCUAAAGCCUGUGGAAGUGUUUUUAAUAAUCAAAUUUAACCAUUUUCAUAAUUGGUUCCUGGAGGUGUGCAGAGUGUCGGCUUGCCUCUUCUAGACCCACAGCUUCUCUUCGCCAUUUGUGAUUUCCAUGUCACUCUCCAUAGAAACAUUACAGCCUAGCACUCCCAGUCUUUACCCUCUUCCAGCUGCCCCAUCACAGCACUGCAGCCUCCUCCUGCUGUCCUGGCACGCCAUUUCCAAGGGCAGGGAGGGGCAAUCUCCUGAAGCCCAUCUUUUCUGUGACUGUCUUAGGUGAUGCGUAGCCCCCUCCAACUUUCCACCCAACAACUUCCUAUCCCUGUCCUGCUGCAUGGUCCGGAGUCUGGGACCUAUUUUGUUUCUUUGUUAUUUAUGACGUUGUGUAAAGAAAAUAAAUAUCUCCCAACCUUUA